AAGUAAAUUACAAAUUCAUUCUAUUCUUAUAUUCUUGAUAUUUUUAAAAAGAUAAAAAAAAAAUUCAGUAAGUUACUAAAAAGCUUCUAGGUUCGAGACUAUUUUUGUGCAAAACAUGGCGGUUUAUAUGCAUUGAGUGUGCCUCGAUCUGCUAGAAACAGUAGCCAUUCUGUUUUAACAAAAGAGGAAUACAUCAUAUCUGACAUAAAAAGACCAGAUGAUCACAACUGUUGAAUGCCUUUCAUCAGAGGUCUGCUUGUUCAAGGUUGACCUGGGAUUAAACACCAAGAGAUCCUCUAUAGCAGUCAUUGGCAGCUUGCAGCCUACACAACUUUCUGAUUGUCCUGCCUAGCUAAAAAAUUACCUUGGAUUUUUUAGUAGUGCAGCCCACCUGAUGAUGAGCUGUGCCCCAUGCGGCUCACUUCUCAUAAUAGGUUGCCUUUACCUGCUCUAUGCAGUCACUCAAGUAGAAAUAGCAGUCAAAUCUCUUUGAAAUCUCAUCAUACUGUCUUAAAUAAACAAGUAUACCUUGUAUUCCCUAAAACGACAGGAUUCUUAUGCUUUCAUUAUUAAUCUGCUUAGUAAGGACUGACUUUUAAGCAAAGCAAAACUGAAACCAGUGGAAGAGUAUCUGUGUAUGCCAUCACUUGAUCUGCUAGAAAUAGCAGCCACAUGUCUGCACCAUAUUCUUUUUGGUUGUUUGCUAAGAAUUGGAAACAUCAGUAGAGCAUUGGAGAGAAUGCCAUGCAGUAUUUGUUCCAAUACCUUGUGUUGUGAGAUCAAAUCCCAUUGAAGUCAACUUUGUCAUUGAUCUUUUCAAGGUCAAUAAAAGAAUUCCAAUCCAAGGCAGUGGAUUAGCAAAACUAAUGCAAGGGUGUCAAUGAAGUUAAGGUGUCUCCAAAACUGACAAUCCUAACAGCAUGGCAACAAAACGGCCGGCAGUUGAUGAUCCAGGGGCCGCCGGCCCGCCAGACAAAAAGCUGACUCGUUUUGACCCUGCCCAACUGGGUAACAUAUCAUCCCUUGAAGAGCUCGAUGUCAAGGUCCUUGUCUUUCAAAACAAGAAACUCUGUGAACGUAUUGAGCAGAGGCGUCUUGCCGAAGAUGACCUUCAGCGGCGUGUUGAGCAGCUGGAGGAUAGACAACGACAUGAUGAUGCAAUGCUGAUGAUUGUGAACCGUUAUUGGAAUCAGCUUGAUGAAGAUGUCCGUGUUCUGUUGCAACGGUUUGAUGCAGAGACGGCUGAUGAUUCUGAAGGCGAAACUCCAGAGACAACAUCAUUUCUCACAUUGCUCUCGACCUGGGAUAAAGAUGAGCUUGGACAAAAGCUUGGACAGCGAGUCGAGUUCUCCAAGCGUGCCAUUGGCCGGCUACUGCAAGCGUUUGACCGAUUGGUGCUGCGCAACGAGCGGCUACAGCGUGCACUUCGGGAGCACGUUCUUGCAUCAGCAACUGACUCAAUGGCCGACGACGAGAAACCGCCAGCUCCACCUCCACCGCCUCCACCACCACCACCACCAUCAUCGGAGACAUCAGCGACGGGUGGCAAUGAUGCUGUGGAUAUGAAAAAGCCCAAACUGGAACCAGAUGCGACCGGUGCUACAAGAGGAGACAGUGUUGAUACAAAACCAGACUACCUGGACACAGUUGUGAAGAAGGAACCAGGUGCAUCUGAUUCAGUGCAUGAUGACAACAAUGCCAGUGAUACAAACGAUUGCAAACUACAUUCAGACUCAGUCGAUGUGAAAGUACCUGUAGGAUGUACAACAACUCCAAGCCUUAUCGAUAUAUUGCAUAUGGAUCUAGCUGAUGCACUGCAACAAAACAAACAGUUGCAUCAGUUGGUGACACAACUGCAUCAGCGGCAUCACGAGAACACUUUAAAGGCAUCUGAAUUACAAGAUACAGUGACUGCUGCAGAAACUUGCAAUGCUGAACUGCGAAACAAAGUCGAUGAUUUGGAAUAUGAUUAUGAAAAAGCAGAUCAGCGUGCCAGGAAGUUAGACCGACGACUAGCUGACAGUCUGCAGAAGUUGCGGGGCUACGAAGAAGACCCAGUGGUGCAUGAAGGUGGCCGUACAAUCUCGGGUGUUUCAAAGAAUAAGUUUGAUGAGAUCAGUGCAGAAUUGGAAGAGCAACGGGAAUUUGCCACAACUCGACUCAGUGAAUUGGAGAAACUCAGCAAAGACCACCAUGAGGCAUUGAAGGAGAUUGAACAGCUGCGUAUGGAUUUACAACAUUUGCCAGAGCAUGUUAUUAUGGACAGCAGUGAGUACAAGUGUUUACAGUCCCAGUUCUCUGUACUCUAUAAUGAGAGUAUGCAGCUGAAGACUCAACAUGAAGAGACACGUAACCUGUUGCAAACGAGUAAGAUUGGACAUCUACGCCAUAUAGAACAGAUGGAGAGUGAUGAACUCACCUGUCAAAAGAAGCUACGCACUGAGCUAAUUCAGCUGGAAGAUACACUAGCACAGGUACGCAAAGAAUAUGAAAUGCUACGCAUAGAGUUUGAACAGACACUAGCUGCUAAUGAACAGACUGGACCAAUUAAUAGAGAGAUGCGUCACCUCAUCCAGAGCCUACAGAACCACAACCAGCAACUGAAGGGUGAAGCAGGUCGCUACAAACGGCGGCUGAAAGAGGCCAAUGCUGAACUGAGCAAGUUAAAAUCUGAAGGUGCAGCACAAGAGGCUAGCAAGGAUGAAGCAUCGAUGUCAUCUUCGUCUGGGACAACAACUGCUGGAAGUACAGGGGCAGGAACAGCACCUGUCUAUGUACCACCCAAAGCAGAAGCGGAACCUGUUGUUUUGAAGAAACCGGAUGAGGACGAGAAGGAUUUCGAUGUGAAAGACAAAGGUCGCUCAGAGUCAGAGAUUAUAAAAGAUUUACGAGCUCAGUUAAAGAAGAACCAAGACAGCCAGAAGGAAAUGAAGUUGCUACUGGAUAUGUACAAGAGUUCAUCAUCGAAAGAGAAUCGUGACAAAGUUCAGUUAAUGAAAGCAGAAAAGAAAGCUCGUCAAGAGGUUGAAGAUCUCCACAAUCACAUUCGGAAGAUGCAGGAAGCCGAGCGCAAGGAACGUCGGAAGUUGGCUGAUGAUGAUGCUUUGCGUAAGAUUAAGAAACUUGAAGACACAAUCAGCGACUUGCAGAAGAGCCUAGCAGCACAGAAACAGCGUGAAGAAGCGUUGCUCAGUGAAAUGGAUGUUACUGGCCAAGCAUUUGAAGACAUGCAAGAACAGAAUAUGCGUUUGCUUCAGCAGUUAAAGGAGAAAGAUGAUGCCAACUUCAAGUUGAUGUCAGAGCGCAUCAAAUCGAACCAGAUACAUAAAUUGCUACGUGAAGAGAAGGAUAGUUCUGCAGAACAAGUAGCUACGCUUCAUGGUCAAGUGCAGGCACAGAACCAAGUGGUACGAAAGCUUGAAGAGAAAGAACGCAUCCUGCAGAACAACCUUGCUACAGUUGAAAAAGAACUCAGCCUACGUCAACAAGCCAUGGAGAUGCACAAACGAAAAGCAGUCGAAAGUGCUCAGGCAGCAGCUGAUCUGAAGUUGCGCCUUGAUAAAUAUCAAUCACAGUUGAAAGAGGCCCAAGUUGCUGUUGCCGAAAAGACUGCACACUUGGAGAAGGAAUCAUUCAAAUUUAAACGGAUGCAGGAGGAAGUAGCAAGCCUUCGACGUAAGCUUGAGCGUUCAAAGAAAAUAGAGAUGGCUGGUGCUGCUGAUGAAGUUCUCAUGGAGGAGAUAAAAGAGUACAAGGAGCAACUGACCUGUCCGUCCUGCAAGGUCAAGCGUAAGGAUGCUGUGCUGACCAAGUGCUUCCAUGUGUUUUGCCUAGAAUGUCUAAAGACGCGCUAUGAGACUCGCCAGCGUAAAUGCCCCAAGUGCAAUGCUGGGUUCGGUGCCAACGAUUACCAUCGAUUAUAUCUCACCUAAACAAACUUUCACAUUCGACGAGUGGAAUUUUUUAAUCGGGAGUAGAUUGGAGUAUUUCAUUUUCCGCGGGGAAAUUUUCAUGUGUGUUUGCGCAUGUGUUAGAAUGAGUGAGUGUGCAUGUAUGUUUAUCAUAGGCUGAGUUUUGGAAUAUAAAAGAAUGUUAUCAUCACUACCAGCUACUCAUUGCUACUUGUGAACUGUAUGUAAUGAGUCGAUUGUUUUUUUUUGGAAGCAGGGCAGUUUGUGUUUGACAGACUAAAAUAAA